CUGCAUUGAAAACUUCCCAGAAAGGAGUCCCCAUUCUAGAUGCCAUUUAGAACAUUUGUGAUUCACAGAAAGAGGUGAAAAUAUCAAUAUUAACAGGACUUUGGAAAUUGACUCCAACCUUCAUGGAUGACAUUGAGGGGCUCAAGUCUUCCGUGGAAGAAAUAACUACAGAUGUAGAAACAGCAAGAGAACUAGAAUUAGAACUGGAGCCUGAAGUGUGACUCAACUGCUGUAACCUCAUGAUAAAACUUGAACAAACGAGAAAUUGCGUCUUUUGGAGAAGGAGAAAAAGUGGUUCCUUGAGAUGGAAUCUACUCUUGGUGAAGAUACUGUGAAGACUGUUGAAAUGGCAACAAAGGACUUAGAAUAUUACAUAAACUUAGUGCUAAAGCAGUGGCAGGGUUUGAGUGGAUUGACUCCAAUUUUGAAAGAAGUUCCACUGUGGGGAGAAUGCUAUCACACAGCAUCCCAUGCUGUAGAGAAAUCAUUCUCAUGAAAGGAAGUCCAUCAAUGUAGUAAACUUCAUCUUAUUUUAAAUAAUUGCUACAGCCACCGCAACCUUCACCCUGAUCGGCCAGCAGCCAUCAAUAAAUAUCAAGGCAAGACCCUCCACAAGCAAAAAGAUGACGACUCACUGAAGGCUCAGAUGAUGGUCACCAGUUUUUAGCAGGAAGGUAUUUCUAAAUUAAGGAACAGCAGAUGGAUUUCUCAUGGAAGUGUGUGUUGAUUCAGUGGAGUCGGCUGUAAAUGCAGAAAGAGGAGGUGCUAGUCGGAUUGAAUUAUGUUCUGGCUUACUGGAAGGAGGAACCACACCCAGCAUGGGUGUCCUUCAAGUAGUGAAGCAGUGUGUCCAGAUCCCAGUUUUUGUGAUGAUUCGGCCGCGCGGAGGUGAUUUUUUAUAUUCAGAUCGUGAAGUUGAGGUGAUGAAGGCUGACAUUCGUCUUGCCAAGCUUUAUGGUGCUGAUGGUUUUGUAUUUGGGGCAUUGACUGAAGAUGGACACAUUGACAAAGAGCUGUGCACGUCGCUUGUGGCUAUGUGCCGUCCUCUGCCAGUCACUUUCCACCGAGCCUUUGACAUGGUUCACGAUCCAAUGGCAGCGCUAGAGACUCUGUUAACCUUGGGAUUUGAACGCGUAUUGACCAGUGGCUGUGACAGCUCAGCGCUAGAAGGGCUACCUCUAAUAAAGCGACUCAUAGAUCAGGCAAAAGGCAGGAUUGUGGUAAUGCCAGGGGGUGGCAUAACAGACAGAAAUCUACAAAGAAUCCUUGAGGGUUCUGGUGCUACAGAAUUCCACUGUUCUGCUCGGUCUGCUAGAGAUUCAGGAAUGAAGUUUCGAAAUCCCUCUGUUGCCAUGGGAGCCUCUCUUUGUACCUCAGAAUAUUCUCGAAAGGUAACAGAUGUGACCCAAGUAAGGACUUUGAAUGCUAUUGCAAAUAAUAGUCUGGUUUAGCCAGACCCUUCUGAGAGACAUGGAUAUCACAGGAUGAAGGCAGAAGAAUAGUUCACAAUUCUCUAUAACACUGCUUUAACCUUCUUCUCUGGCCAGGACAGUCACUGUGUUUGCUUUAAGUCUCACAUGGUCAUGGAGAAUGUUUCCAAGAAGAAAACAUGAAACAGAGCUAAAAUCACUCCCUGUGCCUAAUCUUGCCAACCAUCUUCAUUGUCAUGUUUAAAUCUGGUCUAUGUUUCUUCCAUGGACAGAAGUUUAGCCUGUUUUCAUUGGAAUUAAUUGAUGAACUGAGAAAAUUCAAUUGCAAGAUAUGAAUUUAGAGUGUGACUUUAGGUACAGUUUCAUAGCUGUAUUUUGCAUUUUCUUUUAUAAAAUAAAAAUGUCUAUACUGUUACAG